AUGGUAAAUUUGAAUAAGGUCCAACCUCGGAGUGGCGGGGACCACUAUCUUGCCCUAGGUAUCGAGGGAUCGGCGAAUAAACUGGGCGUUGGAAUACUGAAACAUCCCAUGCUGUCCCAGCAUAAGCAGGGAAGCCUUUCUCAUGACUGCCAAGCGGAGAUACUCUCGAACAUUAGAGAUACAUACAUAACGCCCCCGGGGGAGGGCUUUCUGCCUCGUGAUACUGCGCGACACCACCGGAACUGGGUCGUGAGGCUAGUCCGGCGUGCACUUGUUGAGGCGGGCAUUGAAGAUCCCAGGCUCCUGGACGUGAUAUGUUUUACCAAGGGCCCGGGUAUGGGGGCGCCGCUGCACUCAGUGGUCGUAGCAGCACGGACAAUGUCGAUGUUGUGGGAUGUGCCCCUUGUCGCAGUUAAUCACUGCAUUGGACAUAUCGAGAUGGGGCGCGAAAUCACGAAAGCUGAGAAUCCAGUGGUGCUCUACGUGAGUGGUGGCAACACCCAGGUAAUCGCGUAUUCGGAAAACCGCUACCGGAUCUUCGGCGAGACACUUGAUAUCGCGAUCGGCAACUGCCUUGACAGGUUUGCGCGCACACUAAAGAUCCCCAAUGAUCCCUCUCCGGGCUACAACAUCGAGCAGCUCGCUAAACAGUGCAAGAACAAGGACAGGCUGGUGGAACUGCCUUAUACUGUGAAGGGGAUGGACCUCUCCAUGAGCGGUAUUCUCGCCCACAUCGACUCGCUCGCGAAGGACCUAUUUCGUCGAAACACGAAGAACUACAAGCUCUUCGACCGCGAGACCGGCAAGCAGCUCGUCACCGUAGAGGACCUGUGCUACUCCCUACAGGAGCACCUGUUUGCCAUGCUCGUGGAGAUUACCGAGCGUGCCAUGGCACAUGUGAACUCUAACCAGGUGUUGAUUGUCGGCGGUGUGGGCUGCAAUGUCCGACUGCAGCAGAUGAUGGCGAGUAUGUGCCAGAGCAGGGCCGACGGCCAAGUUCAUGCGACGGACGAGCGCUUCUGUAUUGACAACGGUGUCAUGAUUGCACAGGCUGGUCUACUUCAAUAUCGCAUGGGCGAUAUAGUAAAAGACUUCUCAGAGACCGUUGUCACGCAGAGGUUCCGGACUGAUGAGGUUUACGUAUCGUGGCGCGACUAA